CUGGAUCCAAACAAACCAAUAAGGAAGCAGCUAAAGAAACUACUUUUAUUCUAGGAGGAUCUCCUUACAGUUUGAACUUUAGAGUCAAAUUUUUUGUAAGUGACCCCAACAAAUUACAAGAAGAAUAUACAAGGUACCAGUAUUUUUUGCAAAUUAAGCAAGACAUUCUUACUGGAAGAUUGCCCUGCCCUUAUAAUACUGCUGCCCUUUUAGCUUCAUUUGCUGUUCAGUCUGAACUUGGAGACUACAAUCAGUCAGAAAACUUGCGAGGCUACCUCUCAGAUUACUCUUUCAUUCCUAAUCAACCUCAAGAUUUUGAAAAAGAAAUUGCAAAGUUACAUCAGCAACAUAUAGGCUUAUCUCCUGCAGAAGCAGAAUUUAAUUACCUAAACACAGCACGUACCUUAGAACUCUAUGGAGUUGAAUUCCACUAUGCAAGGGAUCAAAGUAACAAUGAAAUCAUGAUUGGAGUGAUGUCAGGAGGAAUUCUGAUUUACAAGAACAGGGUACGAAUGAAUACCUUUCCAUGGUUGAAGAUUGUAAAAAUUUCUUUUAAAUGCAAACAAUUUUUUAUUCAACUUAGAAAAGAAUUGCAUGAAUCUAGAGAAACAUUACUGGGAUUUAAUAUGGUGAAUUACAGAGCAUGUAAAAAUUUGUGGAAAGCGUGUGUAGAACAUCACACAUUCUUCCGGCUGGACAGACCACUUCCACCUCAGAAGAAUUUUUUUACUCAUUAUUUUACAUUGGGUUCCAAAUUUCGGUACUGUGGGAGAACUGAAGUCCAGUCAGUUCAGUAUGGCAAAGAAAAGGCAAAUAAAGACAGGGUAUUUGCAAGAUCUCCAAGUAAGCCUUUGUCUCGGAAAUUAAUGGAUUGGGAAGUGCUCAGCAGAAAUUCUUUAUCUGACGACAGGUUAGAAACACAAAGCCUUCCAUCCCGGUCUCCACCUGGAACUCCCAACCAUCGAAAUUCUGUAUUCACACAAGAGGGCACCCGGGUACGACCAUCUUCAGUUGGUCAUUUGGUAGACCAUGUGGUUCACACGUCUCCCAGUGAGGCAUUUGUGAAUCAGAGAUCGCCAUCAUCAACACAAGCUAAUAGCAUUGUUCUGGAGUCAUCACCAUCACAAGAGACCUCUGAAGAUGGACAGCCUCCAGCUUUACCACCCAAACAAUCCAAGAAAAACAGUUGGAACCAAAUUCAUUACUCGUGCUCUCAGCAAGAUCUAUUAAACCAUACUAGUGAAACAUUUGAUAUUCCAUCUUCCCCUGACAAGUCCACUCCUAAUGGUGGUAUUCCACAUGAUAAUCUUGUUCUAAUCAGAAUGAAACCUGAUGAAAAUGGAAGGUUUGGAUUCAAUGUAAAGGGAGGAUGUGAUCAGAAGAUGCCUGUAAUUGUGUCCCGAGUAGCACCAGGAACACCUGCUGACCUCUGUGUCCCUCGACUGAAUGAAGGGGACCAAGUAGUACUGAUUAAUGGUCGGGACAUUACAGAACAUACCCAUGAUCAAGUUGUCCUGUUUAUUAAAGCUAGCUGUGAGAAACAUUCUGGGGAACUCGUGCUUCUAGUCCGACCUAAUGCUGUAUAUGAUAUAGUGGAAGAAAAGCUAGAAAGUGAGCCAGACUUCCAGUACAUUCCUGAGAAAACCCCACAAGAUAGUGUCCAUCAAGAUGACCACUCCCUGCGGGAGUCAAUGAUCCAGCUAGCUGAGGGGCUUAUCACCGGAACAGUUCUAGCACAAUUUGAUCAACUGUAUCGGAAAAAACCUGGAAUGACAAUGUCAUGUGCCAAAUUACCUCAGAACAUUUCCAAAAAUAGAUACAGAGAUAUUUCGCCUUAUGAUGCUACACGGGUCCUUUUAAAAGGUAAUGAAGACUACAUCAAUGCCAACUAUAUAAAUAUGGAAAUUCCUUCUUCAAGUAUUAUAAAUCAGUACAUUGCUUGCCAAGGGCCGUUACCACACACUUGUAAAGAUUUUUGGCAAAUGACUUGGGAACAAGGCUCCUCCAUGGUUGUAAUGUUGACUACACAAGUUGAACGUGGCAGAGUCAAAUGUCACCAGUAUUGGCCAGAACCCACAGGAAGCUCAUCCUAUGGGUGCUAUGAAGUCACCUGCCACUCUGAAGAAGGAAACCCUGCCUAUGUCUUCAGAACGAUGACACUGUUUAACCAAGAGAAAAAUGAGAGUCGUCAACUCACUCAGAUCCAGUACAUAGCCUGGCCUGACCAUGGAGUCCCUGAUGAUUCAAGUGACUUUCUGGAUUUUGUUUGUCAUGUACGAAGUAAGAGGGCUGGAAAGGAAGAGCCUAUUGUUGUUCAUUGCAGUGCUGGGAUUGGAAGGACUGGGGUUCUUAUUACUAUGGAAACAGCCAUGUGUCUCAUUGAAUGCAAUCAGCCAGUUUAUCCGCUAGACAUUGUAAGAACAAUGAGAGAUCAAAGAGCCAUGAUGAUCCAAACACCUAGUCAAUACAGAUUUGUUUGUGAAGCUAUUUUGAAAGUUUAUGAAGAAGGCUUUGUUAAACCCUUAACAUCAUCAAAUAAAUAAGAAAAAAAAAUUCUGGGAUAUGUGUUGGAAAACUGCUUUUUGUUACAUUCACUGUGCCAUAAUACUGCUCACAGGAAAUGGCAUCUCACACAAAAAAUGAAGAACUCAAAAAAACUUUGAAAACUUCAGCACUGUUGCACUUUAAGAAAGAAAGUCACUCAAAAUCUUUAACUCAUUUGUUUGAAACUAUUUCCUGCUUUGCUCUGAACUAAUAGUUUAAAACUGAAUACAUUCAGAAUGAUGAAAUUUUUAGGUGGUUCCAUGCAGUCCCCUCUGGUAGAAUUGCCACAGACAAGGCUCAGAACUCUCAUCUCUGUUAUACACUUGUACCUUGAAAGCGAAAAGAAGUGAGCAUCAGGAGUCCACUCUGGUCUUUUCCAGUGGCUCAUGUACUUACCUGAUUACCAGAUAUUAUUUUUCAAAUGUUAGCAAUACCAUUCUCAAUGUUAGCCAGUACACUGCCUAUGGAUGCAGCACGUCUUCCCUGACACACCCCUCUAGAGACCUGCUGUUGAGAAGAAAGGCGAAUUUGCUGUUCCCAAGAAAUGCUGCACAGUGUCCAUUACCAGCAUCUUAUAGAAAGUAUAACUAUGAAUCUACAGAUUUUCUUGGAUUUAAUAAUGUAACUUAUAUUUAUCAUAAGGUUGGCUUAUUCCAAAUCAUGUGAUUUCACAUUCUUGAUGUAAAGGAAUGCAUGCAUCGUGUCUUAACCCUUUAAGUGCCUUGAGACAUCGUUGUCUAAUGAAAAGGCACUCAUUUGACCCCAUAGGAGGUAUGUAUGUAUACUGUACAUUCUUAAAUUUUUAUGUAUUUUGCAUAAGUUCGCAAUUUUAAAAACAGCUUCUUGUUUUGAGAGUUAUACAAAGAAGGGUAAAGAAAUUUUGUUUCUUUCUCAAUACUUGUAUUUUGCCAUAAAAAGCCAAGAUAGCUGUGUUCUGUUGAGUGUACGCUCUGCUGCUAUGGAAUUGUUCAAAAUCUGUACAUUCCUUUACUGAGGGACAGGGGUUAAGGUUUAGCAGUUUAACUUUAUUUUCUUUUUUCUUGGUCUUUUUGAAAGUGGCUUUAUUCUUCAUGUUUCAUAUUUACUUUAUCCCUAACUUUUAAAAUAAUGUCUAACAUGAACAUUAGUGAUAAACAUAUUGCUACUCUAAGCUAAAGUUAGAGAACAGUUAAUUAGCUGGGAUUUAAUUUAUUCCUAUAACUGAAGUGCUAACCUCCAGCACUCAUUUCAGUGCACCUCAAGCUUUCUUUACACUAGUCUUUUGGUUGAGAUUCUUCAGACAAGGAAUUAAAUAUUAUCUACUUAUUUCUAAAUAUAACCCCAGAGUAGAAUGAGGUGGUUUUUUUUUUUUGUCAUUUUGUAUAUAAUUACAUUCUUCCAAUUUAUAUAUGCCUAUUAAAUUAUAAGCAUGUUAAUGAGACUUUCGACUGUCCAGCCUGACUUAGGAUCCAACUCCCAUUAAGGAUAUGUGUAUUUUCUUAUCAGCUUCAUUUGUUUUUAAGUCUACACAGAAAAAAACUUUAAAAUUGCCCAGUUUAAUAUAAGUGAAAAUUUGCUCAGCUACUCAAAUGUUAUUUUAUAUAAUGAUUUUAUAUAGGUGUAUUAUUUGAUAGUAGUUACAAAAUAUUUCUGUGUAGUCUUAAUAAAGUAUAGGGUCCAAUGGUAGAUAUUUUGAAAUGCCAUUUAGUUUGGGAGGAUGUGCAUUUUUAAAAUUUUAGUAAAAUCCUAGUUAUAUCAUUUUACAUAUUCAAAAUCCAUAAUAGUAAAUAAAUUUCAGGAAGUUAAGCUCCUAAACAUUAAUGGCUGGGAUACCAAAUUAUCAUUUUAGUAUUCCUAGUAUUUGUCAUAAAGAGAGGAGUAAACAUACCUUUUAUGUCAAAGGGAUGUCCUCUUGUCCUGAUUUCACACUCAAAACAAUAGAAGAUAAUCAGUGUCUUAGUUGAACAUUCCAUUCUCUACCCAGAGGUAAAUGUAGUUUAGACUGAUAGAAUGGCAUUACAGAUUGAAAAGGGAAAUCAUGUUGGAGAUCUACACAUUAAAGAACUAUUUCAGUGGAUGUUUUUAGCCUAAAUUUAAAAAAAAAAAAAUCUGUCCUGGGACUGGAGAGAUGGCUCAGUG